UCGGCCCGUGUCCGGCCCGCGCUGCAGCCGCCUGGGAGUCGAGCCGGGCGGGCGGAGUGGCCGGGACCGGACCGGGCGGGAGCGACUGGACGCGAGUGUAUGCGGUUGCCUGGGACGGAAGCCCGACGCGGCAGGGCCGGGCUGCCAGGGAGCAGGGCGCGGACGGCUGACAAGAGAGCUGCCCCCCACCAGAGCAGCAUGGACGCACCCCGAAGGGACAUGGAGUUGCUCAGCAACAGCCUGGCGGCCUACGCACACAUCCGCGCCAACCCCGAAAGCUUCGGCCUCUACUUCGUGCUGGGCGUCUGCUUCGGCCUGCUGCUGACCCUGUGCCUCCUAGUCAUCAGCAUCUCCUGCGCGCCCCGCCCGCGGCCCCGCGGCCCCCCUCCCCGCCGGGACCUCCGAAGUAGCACCCUGGAGCCCGAGGACGACGACGAAGAUGAGGAGGACACGGUGACGCGGCUGGGACCCGACGACACGUUGCCGGGAGCCGAGCUGUCCCCGGAGCCCGAUGGCCCCCUCAGCGUCAAUGUCUUCACAUCGGCUGAAGAACUGGAGCGCGCGCAGCGGCUGGAGGAACGGGAGCGGAUCUUGCGGGAGAUCUGGCGCACGGGGCAGCCGGAUCUGCUGGGCACAGGAGCACUGGGGCCCGGCCCCACGGCCACGGGUACCCUGGGCCGCAUGCACUAUUACUGACCAGUCGCCCGGGUGCAAGGCGCUCUUCGUACUGGACACUGCAAACGAGCGCAGAGCCGCCCCAGGACCUUGGGACUGCCCCCACCCACAGUUUUAUGGAAGCUCUGCCCCCCAGAGCUCCCCGGUGCUAUUGGGCAUGGAUCCCCCCACUCUGGGAGGCACCCUUCCCCAGAUCU